UUCUUCAUCUCAAUGUGAAACGGCGACUUCUCAAAUCUCACUCCCACCCAAUUAAGACGUCAGGAGCCCAAUCCUGCUUCGUCGACGAGACGAAGGGGUGUUUGAGGUAUCUUUUCAGAGGGCAAAAUGAUUUUUAGGAAAAGUUUCAAAAAGUCAGUUCCUGAUUUUCUUUUCCUUCUCUAAAAAAUCCAAACAUCUUUUCUUUUAUCUUUUUCCCAAAAUCUUUUCUCUUUGUCUUUUUCCCAAAAUUCCCCUCUCAAAAAUAUCACAAACACCCCGAAGACAGAGUUACCGGCCGCCUGUGGAUGCCCUUCCGUCUCACCGCCUGUCGACGCCCUUCCGCCUCACCUCCGGUCUUCAUGUCACGAGCUUCGUUUUGCUAGAAAUCGACUCGACAGUCGACUGUGUUUCAUGGAUACUCGACUAUAACUUCACAGUUCACAUCCCCUCGACCGACGACACCUUAGGCAACAAAGGGAGAUUUUGUGCUCCUAAAAAACGCAGAUGCAGGGCUCCAUGGCUUCUUCCGUCUUUUCUCUGCCUACAACACUCAAAGCUCAAAGACAAAGACCCGCUCUUCUUCCAUGCCCUAAUUUCAUUCAACCUCACUUAACCUUCAAAUUUCCCAGAUUAGGGAUUUCUUAUUCAAAAAGAAAAGAAUCAAGACUUGUGAUUUCUUGUUUGGUUGAAGAUAAUCCUGAAGCGUGUCAAGAAUCAAAUCCCGGAGCAACAAUAGAUCUCAAACUCCCAAGAAGAAGCUUGUUAUUACAUUUUACCUGCAAUUCUUGUGGUGAAAGAUCAAAAAAGCUCAUAAACAGAUUAGCUUUUGAAAAAGGGACAGUUUUUGUACAGUGCACAGGGUGUUUGCAGUAUCACAAACUUGUUGACAAUCUGAAUCUUGUGGUUGAAUAUGAUUUAAGGGAGGAAACAGAUAUGAGUUCUGAUACAACAGAUCAAGUUUAGGAAAUCAACAUGAGUUUAUAUUUAUGCUGUAAAUUUUGAUCUGGAUUUUGCUUUUGCAUAGAUAUAUAUUUAUUUGCAAGGAGUUUUGAAUCAUAUAAUGGUUGGAAAACAUACAACUUGAUAAAAGGAGAAUCCAAUGAACAAAAAUGCUAACUUUUAAUUACAUCUUCA